AUGGCCUUUACUGACCACAGGAGGGAUGACAAACAGACACCUGUUGAUUUAGCGAACAGUAUGACGGAUAUGCUUACGUGUAACACAGAGUCAGGCGAAAAAGAUGAUGACAAGGAAGAAUGCACAGAAGAAGGUGAUGAUAUUGUGAAACGACGACGACGACAGGGAAGAUCUGGCAAGAACGACUCCUCGUCUUCCUCUUCCUAUCUCUCCUCCUCCUCCUCCUCCUCCUCAAAAGAGAUGGCCUUUACUGACCACAGGAGGGAUGACAAACAGACACCUGUUGAUUUAGCGAACAGUAUGACGGAUAUGCUUACGUGUAACACAGAGUCAGGCGAAAAAGAUGAUGACAAGGAAGAAUGCACAGAAGAAGGUGAUGAUAUUGUGAAACGACGACGACGACAGGGAAGAUCUGGCAAGAACGACUCCUCGUCUUCCUCUUCCUAUCUCUCCUCCUCCUCCUCCUCCUCCUCAAAAGAGAUGGCCUUUACUGACCACAGGAGGGAUGACAAACAGACACCUGUUGAUUUAGCGAACAGUAUGACGGAUAUGCUUACGUGUAACACAGAGUCAGGCGAAAAAGAUGAUGACAAGGAAGAAUGCACAGAAGAAGGUGAUGAUAUUGGUAAGUAUGCUGUGGCAGGUUUAUACAGUAGGAAUACAGUGUGUAUAUGA